CAAUAUAUCUAGCUGGCAAUCCAGAUUGACAGCCGCACAGUCGUCAGCUGUUAUUGUAUUUCAGUUUGAAAAUACUGAAGAUUUGAUAAAUGGAAAAUUAUUUUAAGGGUAAAAAUGUGGAAGAGGAACUGGAACGCGAUAAAAUACCCAUCAAAGACCUUCCAGAAAACUUUCUGUGGAUGCAAGUGAAAGGUGGCAGCAAAAUGACCAAUCUACUUUCCCAUGCAACUGGUAUCCUGGAAGACAAAUCAGCCACAGCCGUGGUAUGGAGUGGCGUGGGUGUCGCUAUCCCCAAAGCUAUAUCAUGUGCAGAAAUUGUCAAAAGGCAGUUCUCUAUAGAACACCAAGUGACUAAACUCAUUUAUAAAAAGGUAGAUGAAUUAUGGGAGCCAAAAGUGGAUGGACUGGAGACAAUAGUUGUUAAACGACAAAUACCAGUAAUUCAUAUAUUGCUGUCUGUCAAUCCAAUUGCUGAUAUGAAUCAAACUGGGUAUCAAUCUCUACAAGGAAAGAAGUUUUGGCAGAAAGAACAAAGCAGUAAUAACUCAAAGGCAAAUCAACAGUACAAAUCAAGGAAACCAUUCAAGCAUAAAAAGCCACAAUCUUAAUGAACGAAAGAAGGAAAUAUGUAACAUUACUAAUUACAGUUUAUUAUGUACGUGCUUGCAAAGGUGAUUAAAAGGAAUCAUGAGUACAAA